UUGGAGGUUUGUGCCUGCCGACUGACUCGCCUCUCCCUUACAGCACUCCCAUCCACGGUAAAGACGAGCUUUUUGCGGAAGGAAAACACUUUUUAUAUACAUGCUGUAGCUGGAGAAUAGACGCAGCUGUGUUCUUUCCGUAUUUUCUCCUGUGCUUUCCUCUCGUCACUGAAUGAAAGAGGGAGGCUGUGAGAGAGAGAGAGAGAGAGAGAGAGAAGGAGAGGGGAGAGACGGUGCAGGUUCUGGGGUGAUCUGUCAAUGUGAUUAGGUAAACGUCGUUGAAGCGCAUGCAUUCACUUGUAUUUCUUUACAAACAGGAGAAGUAGACCUGUCUCUUCUGCACUGCAACGGUCGGUUCCAACUGAGCCACCCAGACUUUGGUGGCUUUACAGGAAAACUGCUAACUUUCUACGUUUAAAAAAUUACUAAAAAGAUCGGAUUGCAUUUUUUCCUUCAAACAUUUUUGAGGUGAUGUCAUCGCGCUCUGUUUUGGCUGGUAUUGUGCCGGAGCUCAGGGAGGACCGCAGCCAGGCAACCAGCGGUUGAAACGGCCGGGGAAGUCCGAGAAAUCAGGUGCAGAGAGCGCCUGUCAUUUCCGUGCUGUCGCGGGUGGCUGGGUCCGCCACCCAGUCACAGCUGUUCCCAUCCUCUCCAACUCCCCCUCCCUCCAUCCCUACCUCUCUCUCUAUCUCCCUCCCCUCCCUUUCAUUCAACUCUCUCCAUCUCCGUCUGAGCUGGACCGCUACGGGCUCUUAUCCACAUUAUUUGACACUGUUGUUCGGUGUCCCCGGGGCCAGAGACUUCGUGACCCAUCGUGGGGUCGCAGCCAUGACCGAGCCCGCCCUGCAGCACCCGGCGCCCGCAGAGGCCCCUUCUUCACGCCGCCCUAGCCUCCAGCCCGUCCAGGUACCCCACCUCCCGCAGCGCCUGGCAUUGCCUCGCAGGGACUAGAGACCUUAGACGUGCUCCAGCCUGCGUCCAGACCACCACUCCUCCUUUUACCAUCCCUCAUUCUGCGCCUCAUCUCUUCAAAUUCGUCUCUAAUGUGGAGUUCUCUCAGAAUAAAGUUAUUGACCUAGUAUACGCUUUAUUGUCGCACUAAAACACCAAUACGAACGUGGAUUACGCAUAAGAUUACCGGGAGAAAACAUCGUCACUAAAUCACAUUGGAGUGAUUUUGACUGACAUUAGUUUCAUUAUUGAUACGUAGCAGGUGAGUCAAUUGGAGUUUAGCCUCUAUGAGUCGUGAACGCGCUUUCACCUGUUCCUCUCCAGCCCGGAGGUGCGCAACUGUUUGAUGACCUAACCUCCCCCCGCGCCCCGCCCCUCCCCGUUGCACCGGCCACCGUGACAGCCAAGCGAGGUAGCCCUCCAGUCAUAGUGGCACGGUCCACCCCCGCCCCACAACCCGCCCUGCCCGCGCCCUCACACCCACGCCGCCGAUGCCAACGGGAGUGUCCGCUGACUCUUUGACCCUCCACUCCGUCCAGCGGAUUAUAAACACACAAGUGAACUCUCCGGACUGUCGGACCGGCUCUGACCGAGCGAGGCGAUUGACUCUGGGCGAAGUUCCUUAGUGGAGGGGGGAAGCGAUGCGGUCCCUUCUCUCCACGCUGGCUGUCUUAUGUAUCCAGAUGUUGCUGGUGAUGUGCAAUCCAUUGCAGCAGGUGUUUGGCGUGGAUGGGGUUAACUUCAGCGUGCACGUGGAGAACCAGACCCGGGUGAGAGACGCUAUGAGCCGGCGGCACCACCGGGUCUACCAGCUCUACAGCCGCACCAGCGGCAAACACGUCCAGGUGCUGGGGAGACGCAUCAGCGCCCGCGGAGACGACGGAGACAAAUAUGCCCAGCUUGUAGUGGAGGCCGACACCUUUGGUAGCCAGGUGAGAAUCCGUGGCAAAGAAACCAACUUCUACCUGUGCAUGAACCGCCGUGGCAAGCUGGUGGGAAAGAAGGCCAGUAAUAAAAGUGAAGACUGCGUGUUUGUGGAGAAGGUUCUAGAGAACCACUACACCGCAUUGAUGUCAUCACGCUACACAGGCUGGUACGUUGGCUUCACCAAGCGGGGGCGACCUCGCCGCGGCCCCCACACGCUGCCCAACCAGCAGGACGUCCACUUCAUGAAGCGCUUCCCGCCCGGGGAGUACCCUGAAACCACGCCCUUCCGCUUCACCACGGUCAACAAGAGGAGCAAGAGGGUCCGUGCCACCGGGCCCCGCUAGCAGCUAACGCCAAUGGCUACCCUCCAUCCACUGCCACCUGUACCUGCUUAUUCAGUAAUCGCUAACGGGAUAACAUUGACCCUUCCUCUGGACUUUAAUACAUGCUAAUUGGCUAACCUGAAGCUAAUCGAUAAUGGGAUAACAUUGACCCUUCCUCUGGACUUUAAUACAUGCUAAUUGGCUAACCUGAAGCUGAUCGAUAGUGGGCCAGUGAUACGCCCACACUCUUGACCCCACCUAACGCUUCCCGCUACUGGGAUAACAUGUACCCUCCUCUGUACCCUGAUUGGUAGGUUUACUAACUGUGCUAGUGCCACAGUAUAUCCACUAACUUGACACUUGGCCCUGCUAAGCCGUCACUGCCCCAGGCUCCACGAUCUCUGUCCAUUGACUGAAGGCCACUAGCUUAUAACCCUGCUAUCCCAACUAGCCCAUCGACCUGGCCCACUCCCCUGCCAGACCCAGAAACUAUGACAAGGCCCCUGAAAGCUAGCUAAACUGAUGACCAGGCUUUCCAACUUGUCUAGGCCUCGUUUCCCUCCAACCUCCAAGCUUGAACAUAAUGGUGCUAUUGCACUGUCACUGGCCAGUUAAUCUCUAGUUUACAACGGACAAACAAAAACCUGUCACUUUGCUGGUUUAACAAGCAGCCAUGCUUUAAGGUAAACACUAGUGCUCUGCUAAACAAGAAUGAGUUCAGUGUGAUCUCGAAACUGCGGGUUUAAACUCCUUCCGAGGGCUAAAAUGUAGCUAAGCUAGCUACACUGUGAUAGCCCCAACCUUACUCACAGGCUUGGACCAGUACAGCUAUCUGACGCUGUCCAGGACUCACUGGAUGAUACCUACUAAUGGACCAAAAGACAGAGACAGGAGAGACAGACAGAUGGACAGACUGAAAGUCCAUGAGACAGUGGCGUCAUGAGAGAAACUGUGGAGCAACAGGUGGACAAACAGCACGAGGAACACAGGAAGUCAGUGGAGUGGGGAUCAAGCCACAGUACGGGACUAGACAGAAUGGCACUGUGGAAAAAUGGAUGGACUGCUUUGAGGCACUUCUCUCUGUCUCCCCCCCCUUGGUGAGAAGAAUCUGUGAGACUUGGGGUGAAUGAAUGUGAAUGUAUGUACAGUAUGUGAGUGUAAGGGCACCAAAGACCAUUUGGGGGGGAAUCUGGAAAGGGACUAGAGGUAACCUAGGUAACCUCCCCCAGCAACUCACUGAAGUGACGGAAGCUUUCUUAAAAACUGGAAUGUACAAACCAAGCUGAACCAAAAACAAACCAAAUCUAAUGACAACCAAAGACAACUGGAGACCAGCGACAUGACACCUCCCCAAUUCCCACUGCCAGGACAGAAUACCCUCUUCUUAUAGGAUCAGAGGGUGAUGACGGGCGCGUGGGGGAAGGGUGCCUUCUCUUCAUAUAUGCGUUGCUAUAGAAACGACCCAGGGGAUGACGCUCCUGUGCGAUACCAUGGAUACAGAAUGCUGCUACCAGGACAUUCAGUGGAACACCAAAGUCUUAUACACAAAAUAUAAAGGGAACAAUUUAUUAAAAGUUAUAUAAAGAUGACAAAAAAACCUAAAUAAGCGAUCUUUUUAUGAUUGUUACUAUAAUUGUUGAUAUUAUUAUUAUUAUAAAAUUAUUUCUUUUAUUUAUUUCA